AUGAAUUUUAAUUCAACUAAACCGUUGCCAUUUAAAUCUUGUUCAAAUUAUACAUAUAAUCCAUUUAAUCAAAAUUUAAAUAAUCAAAAUGAUAACAAUGAUGAUGAUGAAACUCCAUUUAGAAAAGCAAGAAGAACUAAUUCAUUAAACUCAUUAUCAGAUUUUAAGAAAUCAAAAUUUAACAAAAAUGAUUUGAAUUCAAAUAAAUCUUCACCAUAUUCUUCAGAUUUAGAAAGUUUACCUGAUUUAACUGAUGAUGAAAAUCCAACUCCUGAAUCUUCACCAAUAAAAUCAAUAUCUAAUCAUAACUUGAUAUUUUUGGAUAAUCCAACAACUACAAAUGUCAAUUUGAAAUUACAACAAUUAACUCAACCACCUUCACAUAAUAAAUUAUCAAUUUUUGAUAUACCUGAAAUCGUACAUAAAAUUGUCUCAUUUGUUGAUAUUCAAAACACUCAAUUACCUAAUGAAACUUCAGUUAUUAGAAGAAAACCAACUAGUUAUAAACAUGCUUUAUUAAUAUAUGGAGACAAAGCAAAAGCUCAAGCUGCAAUUUCAGAUUCAAACAAUUUCGUAGCGUACAACAACGAUCAUCAACCAACAUAUCAAAAUAUUCAAACUCAUUUCAACAAUCCACUACUUAAUUGUUUAUUAAUCAACAAAUUAUUCAACAGAAUUACAAGAGAUAUCAUAUCAUCAAAAUUAUAUUUUUCAGAUGAAAUUCAAUUAAUGAAAUAUUUAGAAUCAUCAACCACCACAAACAAAGUCAAAUUUCAAAAUCCAACCUAUUUAAACUUACAUAAAUUAUUUCAUAUGAAAAAUGCUCAAUUUUUAAAAUUAAUAUCAAAUAUAAGAUUUAAUAAUUUAAGUUCACUUGAAUUAUUCAUGUGUCCAAAAUUACAACCUCCUUUAUCAUUAUUACAACAAAGUUCCAAUUUAUUGAAAAAAAUUAUAAUAACAGGAUCAAAAGCAAUUGAUGAUGAAUUUUGUUAUCAAAUAAGUUUAAAUUGUCAUGAUUUAAAUCAUUUGGAUUUUAGAGGUUGCGAAUUAAUAACAGAUUCUGGAUUAUAUUUUAUAUUCAAAACUAAUAAAAACUUAGUUCAUGUAAAUGUUGGUAGAAAGAAUAAAAAUCAUUUAAUAACUGAUCAAUCAAUUCAUUAUUUGAUUACGAAUAAUCCAAAUUUAGAUACUUUAGGUUUAGCAGGUACUUAUAUUUCUGAUAAAUCAUUAUGGGAAAUUUCCCAAAAUUUACCAAACCUUAAGAGAUUAUCAUUAAAUAAUUGUUUAAAUUUAACUAAUUUUGGGAUAAGUUCAAUUUUCGCUGAUGUUAAAAUACUACCAAAUUUACAAGUUUUGGAACUUUGUUUAAAUUAUCAGAUUUUAGACUUAACUCAAUUAAUUAAGUUUAAAAAUUAUAAGAAUUUCAAUAAUUUUAAUCAAUCAUCUGAGUGCUUCUUAAUGGAACUCUGUGAAGAGUUAAUGGUCCGCUACCGAGACCAAGAGCUCCAGAUGGAUAAAGUCAUAUCAAAUAACAUCUUGCAGGAUAUUUCAUUCUUUAUUAAUUCAUAG